AUGACGAAGUCUACGAUUUGCACUCCCCAGACGUCGUUUUCGUCGUUACCAAACGACGUGGUUCCUAACAUUUUAGCUCGUAUCUCAAGAACCCAUCGUCCAACUUUAUCUCUUGUCUCCACCCUUUUCCGAUCACUCAUCCUCUCCCUUGAGCUAGACGACACAAGCUCCCGCAUCGAGAAAGCCAAGAAUCGCCUCUAUGUCUGCGUAAACAUAAACCACAACCCUAACCCUCGCUGGUUCAUACUUUCCCCAAUCCCCAAACCCAUCCCUACUUUUCCCUUUGAACAUCCCAAAUGUGCAACCAUUCUUUCGUUUGGUUCAGAGAUCUACGUAAUCGGAGGCUUCUUAAAGGGAAACAGAAGCAGGCAAGUGCUAGUCCUCGACUGUCAAAAUCAUCAAUGGCGUAGGCUACAAGAAAUGCGUGUACCUCGAGUUAAUCCAGCCGCUGAUGUAAUUGACGGUAAGAUCUAUGUGAUUGGAGGCUCCACGUCCAUCAAAAGUGAGGAUUGGGGAGAGGUUUAUGACCCGAAGACGCAAACUUGGGAGACUUUGUUAUCCACUACACUAGAUCUCACCAUUCAAAAGAGUUUGGUUCCAGGUAGCUUUGUAAUGGGUGGAAAAGUUUAUGCCAUGGAUCACUUAAACUUGUAUUAUCAGAAAAGUAUUUGCUUGGUGGAGACAGAGGAUAAAGAGUUGUGCCAAACUUGUGUUUUCGAGGGGGAUCUAAUGUGGCGUGAUAUGAAGGAAAGUUUGGAGUGGAAAAAGGUUAAAGGACUUGAAUUCCUAAACAAUCAUGAUUUCACUUUUGUGGAAAACUCCGGCGGAGGAAGAAGAGUGACAGUGUGGUGGAAGUCGGUGGUGUUUGGUCACAAAUGUAAUAAGGAGAUUUGGUGUGCAGGGGUUUCGUUUGAGAGACGAAAUUUAUACGAGCUUUGGGGAUUCGUUAAAUGGCGUAAGAAAGUGUUUAGCUUCGACGGUUGGGAAUCUCGUUACGAUUUCUUUUUGCAUUCUGCUUUUGUCACACAACAUUGA